GCUGUAGCUCUUCUGGCCAAAAUGAAUUCAGCAGUGUUUUUUCUCCUAGUAUAAACGAUGGAAGUAGCAUUUUGAAACUUUCUGGUUGGUUCAUUAUAGCCAGAAUGUAGGCGUGGGUAUCGCUGACAAGCCUCCAUACCAGCCAAUAGGCAGCUGCAUGACGGGACGUCACUGACAUGCGCCGGAAGAAGUGAAUUUGUUGAGCAGAGGAAGCUGAUUGACGUAAGGAAUGUAAUGGUUUAUCAUUUUAACGUUCUCAUGUGUCAUUGUUUUCUAGGUUGGUCGUUCACGUAAAGGAAAUGUGAAGAUAACCUGGUGACAAUGACAUGUUUGACGGUCCCUGUGAUUGAUGUCCAGAAUGAUAACUUUAGUGAGCUCUGGCCGUCUCUCCUGCUGGCUCUGAAAACAUCCGCAUUUAUAGCCGUUGAUACAGAACUAAGUGGCCUUGGCACAAGAAAGAAUCUACUUAACCAGUGCGUUGAGGAGAGAUAUAAAGCAAUAUGCCACGCUGCCAGAACACGUUCCAUUUUGUCCUUGGGUAUUGCUUGCUUUAAAGAACUGCCAGAAAAGGGGGAAAAUGCUUAUCUGUCCCAAAUCUAUAAUCUGACUCUGCUGUGUAUGGAGGACUACACCAUAGAGCCACAGUCAGUUCAGUUCCUUGUCCAGCAUGGCUUUGACUUCAACAAACAGUACUCUCAGGGGAUCCCUUAUCACAAAGGCAAUGACAAGGGGGACGAGAGUCGCGUGCAGAGUGUUCGCACUCUCUUUCUGGAGCUACUCCGUGCCAGGAAGCCCAUGGUCCUUCACAAUGGUCUCAUAGACUUGGCCUUCCUGUACCAGUGCUUUUAUGCUCACCUACCAGACAGUCUUGGCAAUUUCAUCGCAGACCUGUCAGAAAUGUUCCCAGCGGGAAUCUACGAUACCAAGUAUGCUUCAGAGUUUGAGGUUCGCUUUACCGCUUCCUACCUUGAAUACGUCUACAAAAAAUGCAAGCGUGAGAAUUGCAAGAGGAUGGAUUCUAGCAGCAAUCACUUGGCUAUUGAAUUUUGUCAUUAUCCAAGAAGUAUGUCUACUUACAUAGAUUACAGGAGCUGCUCGUUGCCAGACCCUGACCAGACCAGCUCACGUGCGGCACCGCUGCUUAUUUGUGAGAGAUUUUCGGCCUAUGGUUGGUGUCCAAACGGGCAGAAGUGCACACAGUCUCACAAUAUUGAUCUCAUUAUUGAGGAGGAUGAGAAGUCCAGAGAAGAACAAAGAAAAACGAAAUCUAAGAGGAAGCGUAAAAAGAUUGCAAAGCAAGCUGCUGACAAACACAUGAGCGUAGACAACACAGAAAGUGACCACAUGCUAGAAAUGGAGCCACCGAGUAAACAGCACUGUGAAGCAUCAGAUGUGGAUAUCUUUGCUGCUGACCAUGGCCUUGUGAAGGAUGUGACCCAGGAAACGGACGGCGGGACAGAGGAGGAGAUGCCGAUGACCAGGGACCCAGAUCAAGGAGAAGGAACUGAUUUACAUAAUGAAAGUUUACCCACAGAUGUUUCUUACGAGAGUUCCAUAAACCAGGAUCCAGUGGGCAAUGAAGAAGCUGCCCCAGUAUUACAUCCUGGUGAGACCAAGAAAGACUUGGGAGCAAACUCUGUUGUUGAACCAGCACAUGCUGAGGGGAAAAACUCCAAGUCCUCUGAGGGUGGUAUCCACAGAGCAGGGUUUGAUGCCUUCAUGACUGGUUAUAUCAUGGGAUAUGUGUGUAUGCUAAAGAAAGGAGUAAGCAAAGGCUCGUCUGCAGCCAAGUGUCUCCCAGACUGUCACAAUAAGGUGUAUCUAAGUGGGAAGAAUCUCCCCCUGCAAAUCGCAAAAAGUGUUUUCUCCAAAUCAUCCAGAGCGCACAUGCUGAAGAUGAGGUUGUUGUCAGAAAGUGGUUAAUAACUCCAAACAAUAACAAGCUGAGCCGUGCACAAGUUACAUGUUUACAGUCGUGUUAGAGUUUUAGGUUCUUUUUUUAAACAAUGAAAUUUGCUCUAUAUUCCAAGCCAUAUGCAACAAUCUGUUGUAACGUCAAAUAGCUGGUGAUGAUGAGAGUGUUGACCUUUGCACAACUACAUAAAAACAACAAUCUGAUGUGUUUGUAAUUUUGGUGAGGGUUGAGUUAUGUACCGGCUGGCCCUUUAAGCUAUUUUAUGCUGACAUUCUUCUAAAACUGCCAUUGCCAAGUGUUUGUGUCAUUGAUGUAAAUUUCACCACCUGAGUCCUUUAUGUUUGAAUAAGUAAAUGUAUGCCUUGCUUAGAAAAGGGGGCAUACUAGUAAAAGUUAUUUAGGCUUGGGGUAAAUGGCAUAAGAGAAUGUAGAGCCAGUUUUUAUAGUCUUUAGAAAAAAACCUACAACUGUCCUGCUUUUUGGAUACAUCUGUGCUUGAUCUAGGUCACUUGUGUUUCAGACAUAAAUCUACUUCUGUGGACAAUGUUGUAGAAUAUGCUAGAACUGUGCGCACCCAACAUAGUGUACUGGACUUUUAUAAUCAGACCUUUAGUUAAGUUUUAUUUGGUUAAAUGUUCAGUUUGUUUCAUUUCCUGAAUUAUCAGUUCAUGGCCUGAUAUUAAAUGAAUAUUUCCUUUCCACAA